AUGUUGGAUUGUAUUCAAAAGGCAAAAAUCAAGUGGUCGGUAGAAGGUGAUGAGAAUAGAAAUUUUUUUCAUGGCAUGCUAAAAAGAAGAAGAAAACAAAUGGCAAUUAGAGGCAUUUCAAUUGAUGGGGGGUGGAUCACGGAACCCGACUUAGUUAAAAAAGAGUUUUUUGAUUACUAUCAAAAAAAGUUUCAUCAUUUCAGUGGUUAUAUCCCAAGUAGGGUUAGUUCUUGUUUUACUAAACUUGGUGAAGGAAUGGUGCGUGAUCUUGAGAUUGAAUUUAAUGAAGAAGAGGUGCAGGUUGCGGUUUGGUCGUGUGAAUUCUAUAGGAUGGGAGUGUUUCCUCGGGGGUGUAACUCGUCUUUUUUAACCUUAAUCCCUAAGGUUGAAAAUCCUACCGAGAUUAAAGACUAUAGACCUAUUAGCUUGAUUGGUUUGCAAUAUAAAAUAAUAGCUAAACUGUUAGCUAAUCGGUUGGCUAAGGUGGUAGGAGAGAUUGUUCAUCGUGUGCAGUCGGCUUUUGUUGAAGGAAGGCAAAUUUUGGAUGGUGCUUUGAUGGUUAAUGAGGUAGUUAUGUGGGCGACAGCUAAACAGAAAAAGAUGAUGCUUUUUAAAGUUGAUUUUGAAAAGGCAUACGAUUCGGUAUCGUGGGAUUAUUUAGAUUUUAUUCUUGAUGUUAUGGGGUUCGGGGUUAGAUGGCAGGAUUGGAUACGAGGGUGUUUGAGAUCUGCUAGAUCGUCGAUCCUACUCAAUGGUAACCCUACUGGUGAAUUUCAGAUGUAUAGAGGUCUCCAUCAAGGCGACUGGGAUGUUGAAAAUGUGUGGGGUCUUGUUCGUAUCCUUCGGGUUUUUUUCAUUUCUUCCGGCCUACAGAUCAAUCUUCAUAAGUCAAAGAUCUAUGGGAUUGGAGUUUCUACAAAUGCGUGUCAACAAGUCGCUAAUUGUACAGGUUGUGCUCCAUAUUCAUUUCCUUUUUUGUAUCUUGGUUUACCUGUUAGGGAUAAAAUGCAUAGGGUGGCAGCUUGGGAUACUCUUUUGGAUAGGUUUCAAAAAAGACUUUCUGAGGUUAUUUUAAACAAGAAAGAGUAUGGCGGGUUGGCGAUUGGUAGUUUGAAAGCUUUCAAUGAGGCUUUAAUUUACAAGUGGAGAUGGCGAUUCCUAAAUGGUGCUAAUCUCCUUUGGGUUAGUUUGAUCAAAAGUUGUCAUGGGAGUGAUGGUAGUUUUUCGUUGUCUUCAUCUUAUAGGUCAAAGUCGGGGGUAUGGAUGAGGGUGGUUAAUUUAGUUUGGAAUCUUCAUAAUAAUGGUAAGAUUCCUUUUGAUUCUAUGAGAAGACAAGUAGGUAAUGGUGUGAGUAUUAGAUUUUGGUUGGAUGUAUGGGUGGGGGAUGUUAUUUUAAAGGCUAGAUUUCCAAGGUUGUUUGUUGUGGCAGUCAAUGGUGAGACGAUUAUCAGUGAUUAUUGGGUGGGUAAUACUUGGGAGAUUCCAUGGAGGAGAUCGAUAAGUGGGGGAGUGAUGGAAUCCCAUCUUCAGCAAUUACAUGAGGUGUUGGAUUCACUUCAUAUUACAGAUAGAAUAGACUCGUGGGGAUGGUCUCUUGGGGUGGAAGACAUGUUCUCCGUCAAGUCUGCUAGAUCUCGUUUAGACCUCAUGUCGCUUUCUAUGGGUGAUAGUCCUACCAGGUGGAAUAUUUCUCUUUCUAUAAAAAUUAAUAUUUUUAUAUGGAGGCUUAUCCUUAAUCGCUUACCGACAAGGAGUAACCUUCAUCAUCAGGGAAUUGAUGUGUCUACUAUUUUAUGUCCAUGUUGUGGGGAGGUGAUAGAAGAUGGUGUUCACUUAUUUUUGAAGUGUUCGAUGGCUCAUCAAUUAUGGCUUAAGUUUGCUAGAUGGAUAGAUCUGACGGCGCCAUCCUUUAACUCUAUUGAAGAUGUUUUUGAGUGGAUUGAUAGUCAAGCUGUUGCAAAUGCUCGAAGAUUGAUCAUUGAGACAACUUGUGCUACUCUAAUUUGGGUUCUUUGGACUUAUCAGAAUGCGUUAGUUUUUAGGAUCGUGAAGUACAAAAAAGAGUUGAUGUUUGAUUCUAUUGUCUCGUUUUCUUUUAAUUGGUUUUGUAGUAGGAAUCGUAAAGUUAAGAAAACUAUAACCGGGUGGCUUCAAAAUCCGCUCAUGAACUAA